AUGGGUCUUAAAAUGGAUGCGGAUGUUAAACCUUCUCUUGUCAUACUUUAUUUUGGUGGAAAUGAUUCAGUAGAUCCUGAGUUUCCUAGCAGCGCUCAUGUCCCUCUUCAAGAAUAUGUUGAAAACAUGGGGAGAAUUGCACUUUAUAUCACGAGCCUUUCAGAAAAUACUCGUCUGAUUAUGCUAAGCGCUCCUCCGGUGAACGAGGAACAAAUUGUUCAAUUUUAUGGCGAUAAUCGAGGUAGAUAUAACGAGACCUGCCGCAUAUACUCAGAAGCUGGUAUAAAAUUAGGCCAAGAAUUAGGCGUGAAGGUUAUAGAUUUUUGGUCUGCACUUCAGGAACGCCCAGAUUGGUUGACUACAGUCUUCUGGGAUGGGAUGCAUUUAACAAAGGAAGGAAGUGACAUUUUGGUAAAGAAAAUCUCGAGGGUACUUAGAGAGGUAGACUGGGAGCCAAGCCUACACUGGACAAAAAUGGCUGAUGAAUUUUCUGAUAUUAUCAUACCACUCGCUUCUGGGAUGAACCUUGACAACUGGCAGAAUGAGUAUAUUGAAUAAAACUCUAAAUCUUUUAGGUGCAUAUAUUAACAUAUGCAAGAAUAAGACAUGUACUCUUCAUUUCCCGUUUUCUUGUUUGAUCUUUUAAACUACUACUAAUAAAAAAAGGAAUUAGCACGGACAAAUUAAAUUCUGUAGCUAAACAGAAAAAUAUUAGCAACGGAUUAGUGAAAGAUUAUCAAGAAAUCAUUUUAGUUACAAACGAUUUAGCGACAUAUUAGCGAUGAAGUUAUUAACUAAUUCCAGUAUAUUUUGUAGUGACUCUUCUGCAAAGGAAUAAAUGUA